GGCACACUGCCCUGCUUCCGUGCUAUGGCGCGAGGUCGUCCCCACAGUUAGCUCGAAUUCAACAAGGAGAAAUCGACUGCUCUUGAGAAAAGGCUGCACUCGUGAGUAGGAGCUCUUUGCAUGCAUGGUUUGCAGGAGCAUGCCUCCCCAGACAAGCAAAGCACAAGGAAGGGGCGGGAGCUUAGCAGCCGGGACAGUGGUUGUGGCAUGUAUGUUCGUGUAAAAGCAAGUCCAUGGGAGGUGAUCUGCAAGGUCGUACACAGCAAGCAGGCGCCGAACUUCGUGCCAGGAGGGAGAGGGAUCUACGGGUAGUGUGGCAUGUGUGUUCAUGUGAAAGCAAGUGCAUACGAGGUGAUCUGCAAGGUCGUACACAGCGUGACAGCGAGCACGCGCCAAACUUCGUGCCAGGAGGGAGUGGGAUCCACGGCGUCUUUCUCAAGCGCGGUUGUUCUCAUCACUUGAAGCCACUUGUGGUGUCACAACGAUUGGGAGUUGGCAUGCGAUGGCCCAGCGUGGAGAGCAAGCAAAAGAGCAGAGGAGGAAAGAAGCACAAGGAGUCCCGUAGUGGAAGACCGCAGGGAUCUAGUAGGAGAUUCGGUGAGCUUGCAUAUCAAGGCAUUUUCGUGCAAGGAGAGAACGGGAAGCUGCUUACUCUUGGGCGCAUUCUGCGGGUAUCAAUGGAUAUCAUUACCACAUGUGUCGGGGAGGUGUGUGGUAGGGCGAUAGUGAUUCAUGAGCUACGCCAUCGGCAGGGCGACGGGAAGGGGCUGGAUUUCAGAUACAGCAAGCGGGUGGCAACUUCCUCCGUAUGUCAUUACAGGGUAAUGGCAAACGGGGCGUUGGUUCUGGAACUGUGUAUAGGGUUGGGGUACUGUGAGGACCUAUCAUGCGAGGUUACUGUUUUUGUGACCAAAGCUUCAGAGGAUGUUCCUAAUGUGGCUCCACGUGGGGGGGUUGAUGUACUUGAGGGGAUGGCAAAGUUAGUAACCAGUGACUUGCUACAGGAGCAUGCGGAUCGACAAGUUGAUUUCGUGGAGUGGGAGGCCAUUCUUCAGGCACCUUUAGAGGAGAGAAGGGGUAUGCGUGGCGUGUUACGUAUUGCCGAUAGUUAUAAUUGGUAGUGGCGGUAACGUACGCGCAUUAUGACCAUUGGGUGUACGUUGGAUAUCCUAAGCACUUGAAAAUUCAGCAUUCAGAUUAUUAGCCAGCUUGGGAGUCUAGUUGUUCAGGGCGGUGGUGAGUAUGAAAGGUUGGGUGUCUCCCGAUAGUCGAUGUUCAAGGCAGUGGGGACAGAUUAGAACUACCUGUUGCAGUCAGUCAGUGUAAAGGAUAAGUGGUUUUGGUCAUAGAAUGAAAGGUGGAGGGUCGUAUAUGUUUGUAUUGGUCCGGUGCUGCCAGCUCAGCAGUGAACCUUUUUUUGUCGCAUGAUGUCCAGGUUUGGUUCUUGGCUUUACAUCAGGAAGUCAUGACGGAAGAUUGUUCAUGUGAAAAACGUUUUUUGGAGAAAGAUUGGUGUGUGGGUGAAUUCAAUUCUACUUCUAAUUGUUUUAUAAUGCCUUUCGUAUUGAUUGGUUUCAAUUGUAGCAUUCAAUUCAUUCGUUUUUCUAAAAGGCUUUUAAAGGUACGACUGCUGGGCUGAUGUCUGCAUUUGCGAGAGCGUGAACCCGUUAACCUCUCUCUUCGAAUUUGAGGAGGUCUGAGGUUUGUACGAUAUUAAAUACUCUGUUUUGUGUUCAUUGUCAUUGACGAGGAAGAGGAUGAGGAGGAGGACAGAGGAGAACUUAUCGGUCAGCGGUAUGCCAAUCUGGUGAGCUGGACUACGGGAUCUGCCUGCAGUGUGUGAACAAGCAAGUGUAAAGCACUGAUUGUGCCGAAGCUGCAUCCACGCCGUGUUGGAAAGGCCGUCACAUACAUCGAGAGGAAGUCUGCAGUGGAAGGGCUGGUCGACAAAGACAAAAAAGUGCAGGAGCGACAAACUGCUUUUUUCAUAGCCUUUUGGGAAGAGGCACCAAGAAUCACUCGUAGCCACAACGAAAGAGUGAUUGAGAACGACAAACCGUCAGGAAAAGCCCUACAGACAGAGUCUGUCGUCAAGGACAUAGCGCAUUUGGUUGUUGUUACCUCUACUGAAGUUUGGAUAUCAAAAUCUUGUUAAAGGUGAAAAUCGUUACGCUGGUCGGUUGAUCAGAGAGUCCUCCAGUUUGCUCUGACAUAUGGCGGCUGAUAGCCAACCAGAAA